CUUUUGCGAUAAACGCUUCUGGAAGGUGCCGCUCAGUUUCUCCGCGAUUACGACAAGUGCUUGCCCUUCACAGCUGCUAAUAUGAGCAAUGGAACCAGCAGCUUUCUGUAAUUUUAGUUGCAGCGCAGCAUAUAAGCAGCGCGCGCGAUGGAGUCAUGCCAAGCAAGUCCAGUUGACUCGCCAACCAGUUGGCAUAAGCUGCGACCCGACAUCGUCGCACAUAUAAUUAGGGUCGGUGGCCUCAAUGCAAACGAUGUUGCGUGCAGCCUGCUCCCGCUGGACAAGGCAACGUGCGCUCUGGUACGCUCCCUGGGGUUCUCUGCCACCAUCCACGCCGCGAAGGCGGUGCCGCGCUGGGCAUUCGCGGCGCGCUGGGGCGCUCCCGGCGCAAUGCGUGAUAUGACUCUGGAGAUGCGCCGCAAGCUACUAUGCGCCACCGCAGCCAGCGGCGACCUGGCAAACCUGGAGCUGGCGCUGUCGGUUGUGGGCUGCCCGCUGGGGCCGGACGUGUUCACAGCCGCCGUGUCUUCUCCCGUCAGCGAGCGGGUCGCGGUCUGGCUGCUGGAGCGCCGCUGCCGAAUCGCCGCAGGGCCCGCCCUGGAGGCCCUCGCGCGGUCGGGGCGCAUGCACGGCGAUCCGCUCUUUGACGACGUGUUCAGUCGUGGAAAAUUCAGCACGCCGGUUGACAACCUGCUGUCUCACAUCGCCGCUGCGGGCGCGGGGUACAUCACAGACAAGUUCUCAAGGAUGGUGGACGUGUGGCGGAACAACCCCCUCCACCUCGAGGCGGCCAUCGCGGCGGCGCGCGGCGGCCAUGCCCAGCUGGUGACCUCCAUCCUUGACCUGCCACACAGCAGCAGCUGGGUGGGCAUGGCGCCUCCUGGCUCGGCAGCUGCUUUGGCGGCCGCAAGCCCAGGCCCAGGCCACAGCCUGGUCACCGCCAGUGCAGGCCUUGGACUAGGCACGCCUGUAGUGGUGGCAGGCGCCAGCAACAAUGGCACGCCGAGCUCUACAGCCGCUGUGUCACGCAGCACCAGCAUGCAGAAGCGAUCGAAUGAGGAACAGGUCCAGACCGCGGCCCUUCGGCUGCUGGAGGCGGUGGUGGAGGGGCUGGGGCUCGAGGACAUGGCGGCUGUGUAUGCGGCCUGGUUUGACCCCUCGGACCCAGCCUACCGCCAGCCGGCCUGGCAGGUGCUGCCAUGCGGACGCCGCCGCGGGUGCAACGUGUCGGGCGCAUGCAGUGGCAGCAGCAGCCGCGCCCGCAGCCCAAGCCCUACACGACUGGACUUUUCUUCCUUGGCCUUGGGGGAAGCUCCGGGCGCGUGUGGGGGCGAGGAAGCCGCAGCUGCUGCAAUGGACACAGGCCAGAGGCGACGAACCAGUGAUGCGGUGCCGGCGGUAGGGCGACGGGAUGGGGCAGAGGCGCAGCUACAGGCGGCAAGCCUGGCGGUCACUGAGCGCGUGGCCGCGGCCGCGGCACUCGAGCGCAAGCCAGCGGUGGAUGAGCUCUUGCUCGCAGCGGCGGCAGGCAGCCGCACGGAAGACUGGACGGCCAAAGUGGUGUGGCUGCUGGGAAGAGGUCACGUGCCACAGCAGUCACCACACCACGCACAGGCGGCGGCGCGUGCGGCGGCCUGCCCUGACGCGCUGGAGCGCCUUCAGUGGCUGCACGCGUACCAGGGAGCAGACGACGGGGUAGCAGGAGCGGGUUGCGAGCAUUGGCGGCAUCGCUUUCUGGUUUGCUACCCGCGAGUGGCGGCUGAGGCGCUUGCUAACGGGCGGACGGAUGCGCUACGGUAUGUGCUACGGCUGGCCGGCGCCGGAGCUCCUGGGUUAGUCGCGGGCAGCUCGCCCGCACCGGCUGACUACGGGGCCACCGGCACGCAGUGUCUGCUGGUCGCGCUCGCCACAGAGCAUGGUUUGUUUGAGGGUGCGGCCGCGGCGGGCCGGCUCGAGUGUCUACAGCUGCUACAUGCCGCCGGCUGCCGCAUGCCGUGUCAGGCUAUGGCCCUGGCGGCGGCACGCCACGGCCGCGGCUCGGUGCUCCGCUGGCUUCUGGAUGUCUACCCAGUGGCGACGUCAAUGUCGCCAUUGCCAGGGUCGCCGUCGCCAUCCGCACCGGCAACGGCCGUCUCACCGCCUGGUGUGCGACUGGCACCGGCGCUGUGCACGGCGGCCGCGAGGUCUGGGAGCUUGGAGGUGCUGCAGGUGUUGCGGGGGCGCGGCUGCCCCUGGGAUGCGGACGCCGUUGUGGCGGCCGCGGAGGCGGGCAGCGAGGCGGUGCUCGAGUACCUGGUGGUACAGGGCUGCCCGGCGCCGUCCGACGAGCGUGUGUACGCCGCGCCCCUGGCCGCCGAGGACUUGCUCACACUGCGCUGCCUGCGCCGCCUGGGGCUGCCCUUCCGCCGCGAGCCGGCCGUGUUCGCUCGGGCCGUGGCAGCAAAACACAGUCUACCGCUGCUGAAGUGGCUGUAUGAGACGGGCGUGCCUGUGGAUCUUGAGGCCCUCCUUGAGCGCGCCCUAGACGGCAACGCGCACGACAUGGAGUGGGAGGCAUGGCUGCAGUCGGAGCUGGAGGCGAAGAAGCGGCGGCAGCAGGAGCAGGAGGCAGAGCUGGAAGCAGGGCGGUCCAAGGGUGCCAAGUUCAAGGCGGCGAUGAAGCGCGCUCUCAGCAUCAAGCGCCGAAACGCGCCGCCGCAGCAGCAGCCGAAGCAGAAAGUACCGGUGGCGGCACAGCACUCCCUACUUGCAUUGAAGCGCGGCGAAUUGUGAUUUGGAACUGUUUGAUGGUCGGCGUUGCUUAUGGUAGCUUCCACUUAGCGGUGGGGGGCAUGUGUGAGGCUAGUGGCGAGAUGAGGUUGGAGCAGGCGGUUUGUAUCGGCUGCCAGAGCGGCUGUGAGCUAGCGCUGCUUGGGCCUCAUCACAGGGGCCGCGUUGGGCCGCGACGCCACACGCACCUGAUAGCGCAACAUGGCUUAUACCUCACAACGUUUGGUGGCGGCUCGGUGAUCGGCUGGCUUCCGGAUCAGCGCUCUGCCGCUGUGCUGUCACAAGGCUGCAUGCCACCUGCUCUCCCCGCACAGACAGCAGUUGGCUCCAACCAAUCAAAUGUGCUGUGGGCGAAACGCCCGCCAAGAUGAGACACGAUGAGAGGCACGGCCGAUGGCGCCGAGUCUUCUAGUGAAUACGCGGUCACCCAAGUCUCAUCCGUUGGACAUCUCCAACCCCUUGCCAGUCUCUACAGUGAGUUAUGUCCGGGGUGGGCUAGGUACUGCUACAUGUGCUCAGCUGGCUCCGUGACCUGGUUGCACAAGCGCGGCCAUAACAGCUGCUGGUGAUUACAUGCGCUCGCUGGCCGUGUCCUGCCUUUUGGGAUAUCUUGGGAUACGUAGCAAGUAG